AUGGCUAGUCAGCUCUCACCUAGAAAAGGAGAGCAAGCCAAAGACGAACUCGAUCGCACAAUCCGCUCCCUGAGCACCGAUUUUCAACUUCAACUGCACAUCCCAGACCUAACGCUGUCGCCCAGUAAGCGCCGGCAACAGCAUCGCAAUGGAGAUCAAGAGCGAAGCGAACACAUCUACCUAUGCGCAUAUCGCCUCAAAUUCCAGGACCCCAACCGUCUCGCGAUAUGUCUGACUCGCUUCCGCGAGCAGGCCGACGAGCAUCUCAAGAAUUGGAUCCGGAAGCCCCGCGCUGACCCUGAUACGACCUCAAGCAAAUCCUUUGGCCCACACCGUCAAGGUACCCGCUUGACCUCUGAGGAGCGGGCCGAACUGCAGGACUUUUUGCUACAGUUGCUCAAAGACGACAAUAUCGCGAAUCGUCAGCGUUCCAAGUAUUCGAAGCGCAAGUCUGAUGAAUUCCCGGAUUCUAGCUCCAAGAGAUCUAGAAACUCUUUCGAGGGUUCUCCUGCGUGCGACAGCAUUGACAAUAUCCCAGUUCGCUCUAGAGCUGUGGUCUCCAGUAGCCGUCUAUCAACGGAACGGCCCGCUAGAGGCGCAGGUACAUCGUCCUUCACCAAUGGCAUCAGCCAUUCGGCCACCACGUCAUUUGCGAGCACUCAACCAUCGUCGUUCGGUAUAAGGUCAUUUAAUUCCAGUAAAGUUUCACUGGCUCCGACUGUUUUCACAAAUGACUAUGCGCCGAGCACUCAAGCAACUAUUGUGACGAAUACCUCUUUCAAAAGGUCUCAGCAUCCAAUUCAGGCCACUCAACCGUCCUUCGGUAGUAAUGCAACACCAUCGAGAGACAUUCAGGUUCCCUUCUCUCAAAGCAUUCAACAAUUUGCGUACAAGCCGCCAAGUGAGAAAAAUCGCAAUGACAUUGAUCCACCGAAACCGCCUUCGUUCCGAAGGUAUGGGGACAGAACGCCCCCAGAGCCUGUCAUUGAUCUCACUGAUGAUGAUGAGCCCGAGGAAGAGCCAAGGCUUCCAGUUCUGUCAAUGCCUCAACCGAUCCGAAGCCAGGUUGACCUCAAGAGAGCAGGCAUAAUUAGAUCCAGCAGUCCCGCGACAGCCUACUCCAGCCUACCAGAAAUGAAUGAGUUUGAUACAAUGCUUCUCGAUGCUCCAAUGUUUAAUCAGGAACCGCCUGAAUGUCCGCUGACAGACCGUCUUCGAAACAUUUGGCCAAAGUUUCCCAUCCCUGGAUUGAAUCAGGCACCUCUCAUUAUCCUGUGGGAGCUUACCCGUGCUGCACUUCAUUGUCGCGUGGACUUGUCUACCUGGGACCUAGAAUAUCAGCCCAACGAUAACUGGCAUGAUCAGACCAAGUUCCGAGGCCAGCUCUUCAGACAUCGACUCUUCGUGGGACAGGGCUUGCCUCCAGCUUGUGACCGUGCCGUCUGGGAUGCUGCGUUCGGAUCAUUCGCCUCGCAUGACAAAGCCGUUGUUCUUGCUGCAGAAUUCGUCUGUAAUACAGAAGAUACUGGGCAACUAUAUCGGCUAAAACUUCAGCCUCCGCGUCUUGAACUCGGGCAUCGACUGGCUCGGCGCUUUGGUGCAGAUCGUUUCCUGGAAGUCAUUAUGCCAUCACCUACUUCUAGAGAUGCUCCCGAUGUGAUCAAGAAUGACCCGCAAGGUGCGAAUAAGGUCAUCAAAUGGUUGACUGAAAGCUUCCAUUACUUUGUAGGUCGAUCGUGGGCAGCUUUUUAUACUCGCGAGGCCAGGAAAUCCAUCAAGGAUCCGCGCCCUCCUCACAAGUCACUGACGAUCAUGCAAGAGCGCGUGUACUUCUUCGCAACUGACGGUAUCAACUUUCGUGUUCCCAUGAGUCAGUUUCCUUCCUUGGAAGAAGCGACGUCUUUAGGGCACCGCACCAAGAUGAGGCGCUGUGAUCUCUUGAACUGGGCUAUAAACAUUGAGCAGAACUCGUCGCAACCGGUGCCCAAGCUCUUUUCACGACUUGCUCUCAGCCUCAGUAAGACCGUUCCCACCAUCGUCAUUGAACCUCACCAAUUUCGACAUCGCGACACUAUGCUAGGCUUCCACAAGUACAUGACCAAGAAAGAGAAGAAAGAGCAAAAGGAUAUGGGUGACGGUAUCGGUCGAAUGUCUCGAAACCUUGCGCGAAGGAUAGCGACGCACAUGGGACUCUUGGAAACGCCGUGCGCGUUCCAGGCUCGUAUUGGCAGUGCGAAAGGGAUGUGGAUUGUCGACGUCGAAGAUGAUGGAUUAGACAAUGACGAUUGGAUCGAGACUUAUCCCUCACAGCGAAAAUGGAACUGCGACUUCGAAGACGUUCAUCAUCGGACAUUUGAAGUACGCGAGUGGUCCAGAGAGCUAAGGUCCGCAGCUCUCAAUACACAGUUCAUCCCGGUUCUUGAGGCACAGGCGCCUGUACCCCAGGACAUGCGCAAUGUCAUCGCCCGUCACCUAGCGAAUGGCCUUCAAGAGGAGAUCGGGGGUCAACUCGCUGCCAUGACCCAUCCAACCAAUCUUCGUGGUUUUACCCAUCGCGGCUUUGACCGGGCGACAUUAGGUAACGUGCCCUUCCUGGGCGCCCUACCGGAACGAGAAGAAGACAUUAUCUCAUACAUGCUCGACGCUGGCUUCGACGCUACCAAGUGUCGGUUUCUGCGAGAUAUGGUAUGGAAUAACCAGAAGCGACAGGCCGAACAGCUCAAGGCGAAGAUGAAUAUAAAAAUUCCUCGGUCGACCUACGCGUUCAUGACCGUCGACUUCACCGGUACACUAGAAGAGGGCGAGGUACAGCUUGCGUUUUCCUCGAAAUUCCAAGCAGACGGAGAAUCAGAUACAUUACUCGAUGGCAUUGAUAUCCUAGUAGCUCGAGCUCCCGCUCACUUUGUCAGCGACAUACAGAAAGUCAAAGCUGUAUUCCGGCCGAACCUGAAAAGACUCAAAGAUAUUAUUGUCUUCUCGUCAAAGGGCAAGUCUCCGCUGGCUGAUAUGCUCUCUGGUGGCGACUACGACGGCGAUUUGGCUUGGAUCUGCUGGGACCCCGAUGUUGUCAACAACUUCAAUAACGCGCCAAAGCCAGUCGAACCGGAUCUUGUCGGACAGGGAUACCUCCGAAAGUGCAACCCGAGCUUCGAGUCCAUCCUAGAAGCAGCCACUGAUGUCGAUAGUGCAUGCGCGAACUUUCUUUGUACGGCGAUCUCAUUUAAUAUGCAACCUGGGUAUUUAGGCAUCGCAACCAAGUUCAAAGAAAGGCUGUGUUAUCUGGAAAGAGGCGUCAACAGCGAACGGGCUGUUGCUUUGAGCACACUGGUUUCUCUCCUUGUCGACCAAGCCAAACAGGGAUUGUUAUUCACUCGCGAAGACUACGACCGGCUGAAGCGCGAUAUGCAAAUGAAAGGCAAAGACCCAGAAUAUGAGAAUGAGAGGAGCUCUAGACGCAACUACGUCAACAGGGAUGGCUCCAUACAUAUUUUGGACGAGCUCAAGUUUAUAGUAGCUGAGGACACAAUCGUAGACGCAUUAAAGAAGUUCUCGGAUGCUCUUUUUGGAAAAGAUGUCCCCGUGCAAGCAUGGGACAAGGAUCUAGCUCGUCUCUGGGACGAUUUUGAAAGCCAGAAGAACGAAUCGAGGAUCAUCGGCAGACUCAUGACUGACCUCCGCGCUCAGGUUUCCGAUAUCUCUGAUGAGUGGAAGAAGACAAUGGCUGGUGGUAAGAGUGAUUCCUCCAACAGCGACUUUGGCGUCAAAGUCAGAGAACUGCAUCAGAAGUGGUCUUCAUAUCAACCACCACCCGAACUCCUAACCUCUAGACAAGUCAAGCCCCUCCUCGACCAAUGGAACGGCGACCCAUCUCUAAGCAAAUGGGAGCUCCUCAAAGCAUCAACCAUGUUCAAACUCGGCUACGAAAAGUCAUAUAGCAUGCUCUGGCGUCUCUCGGGCAAACAACUCGCAUGGAUGAAGGCUACAAUGUCGCGCAGCACAUCAGACGCAAGCGCGAUCGCGGUGACGGCGGAGAUGUGGAGCAUUCUCAGACCUGAUAACAAGCGGAUCGCUGCGCUUAAUGCGAGGAGGCAGAUUGGGCAUGAUAAUGAGAGUCUUGCGGCGCUGGAGGAGGUCACGGAGUAUGAUGAGACGGGGACGCAGAUUGACGAUGCCUAG